AGUCAAUACUCAAUUCCUAUUUCUUUAAUAUUAAUAUAAAAAAAAAAAAAAAAUAAAUAGUUAACACACUAUUACCUAAAUACUUAUAUUUUCUAAUUUAUGAUUCGCAAGUUGCACACAUAAAGAAUGAUAUUCAUGUACAUUAUCCAAUACUAAAAUUGUCUCAACAAAUUUUAAUAAAAAUGUCUGAAGCUAAGAACGGAGAUUCAAAUCCUUGCUUGCAGGAACAAAGGUUAUCAUAUAAAUGCUUACAAGAUAACUUUGGGGAUAAAUCGCAAUGUGAACCGCAAAUAGAAAAUUACAAGGACUGCAAAACAUUUUGGUACAAUAUUUUUAAAGAACGGAAAAACAAAAAAAUACAACCAUACAUGCCAUCAUUAGAAGAAAGGAUAAAAAUUAAGAAGGAAUACAUGAGUGGUCAAUAAAACAUUAAAAUAUUGUAUAACUAAUAAUAUGAUAUAUUA